GUUGCCUGGUAAACAGUGCUUAUUUUUGUGUCUGCAAAACGCGCCGGUUGUCCACUAUUCCUUUUUUGAUUUUUAUAUCUAGCAAAAAUAAACCAAAGAGCUCGCUCAACCCUCCACAACCAAAUCCCCAGCCCAACCCUCCACAACUCCAAGAUCUCGGACAGCAGUUCAAGCAGUGUGUGGCCAUAUCUAUCGCGAACAUGCCUCCCAUCGCACCUGCGAACCAGCCUGCCAAUGCACCUGCCGACAACAUAGCACAGCUACUGGACGACCUUCGGCACAACGUUCGCAACGACAUGGCACAGAUACUGGUCGACUUUCGGCACGACUUUCGGAACGACCUUAAGACGCGAGCAGAUGCCAGAGAUUUCAAUGCGAUCGCGCGUGGAUGGAACAGCACAGUCAACCGACCAGAGUGGGACCUGCAUCCUCUCAAGGACCGAAACACGAACGAGGAUAUUGAGGAGUUCCCAAGGACGGUGGGCGACAUCGACCGGAUGAACGCGCGUGACAUUGGUCGAGUCUUGCGUGCACUGGGUCAAUCUUGCCAGGGAGGAAUGCCUGAGAAGCGGAGGCGGCUCAAGAUUGCCAUCGGGAUUGUUUUGCAGGCAGCGUGAAUAGCUUCACAGCCCGAGGGAAGGCCGGAGUGGCUAACAAAAGGAGGGACAGGGAGGGGCAACACACGCAGCCCGCUUGGGUAAACUGGCUCUGCCAGUCUGUCGACAGAGCUACAGAGCCAGGCCACCCAAGUAAGGCAUAUCUAGUGUACGUACCUCGGGCCCAACCUUUUGUCCUAGAUAGAUAGCUUUGAUAGAUGCACUGGCAUCAGUCAACCUAAGUUAGCUUCCAAGUACCCCUUGGAGCAAGCAUCCAGACC